CAGACACAUGCUGUGGUAGGAUUCCACUAGGGGGUUCUAGUACAGAUAAUGUUUGCCUAAUUCAUGAACGUGUCAGACGUCGAUGAGGAGAGAGUUGACGAUCGUAGACUAACACGUGCAAGGUCAUGUAGGAUCCUGCACGUGUUCCAGGUCCUACAACCGGAAGACGAAAGACGCAUUAGUGCCGAAUGCAGAGCCUGUGCUCUCGCAGCAUCGAGAGAGGUAGCAAAUGUUGCAGCUAGAGAACAGGCUGCAGCAACAGCCAGGGCAGCAGCCAUGUCUUCUGCAACAGCCAUGUCUUCUGCAGCAGCAUCCUCCGCUGCAACUUCUGUUGCGUUCUCGUCUGGACCCCAGUUUGGAAUGCCAACAGGGUCCACGGACACUUCCAGUUCUGCAGGAUCACGACAGUCUACAAGUCAAAUGGCGGGCUCGCAGUUCAACCCGUUGACUCCUCGUGAAAGGGAGCUUAGGGAGCUCCAACAGGUCGAAAGGAUUCGUGAACGAUUAGAGAGGGAACUGAAGGAAACAACCGAUAGGGAGAAAGAGAUAAAGAAUAGCACAGCCAGGCUUGAUAUGUUAGAGGCAGACAAAUAUAAGUUAGAGGGUUUGGAUGACUCAGGAAUGAAUGAGCCCAUGAAAGUGUUGAGGGACAACAUGUUGUCGCUGCAUGCGCACAUGGACAGCAGGUUGGACUUCAUGCAGAGCACUUUGGACCAGAUCCUGCACAUUUUGACAAGGCCAGGAUUUAGGCCACCAGCGCAAUCGCCGUUGCCGUUAUCGGCGAUGUCAGGCCCCUUUCCAGUUCAAGCUGGUACACAGCCAAGUGGUACGUCUGCAGCAGCCUCACAGACUGUUGCAUCUUCUUCUUCGGGUCCAACAGUGAUUGCUACAUCACCGCAACAACCUGUUCCACCACAGGGACAGCACCAAGGUCAAUGGUAUCCUAAGACCCCGAUAAAACCGCCUCUUGCCUUCUCAGGCGAAAGAAAGGACGAGAAACUCAACACAUGGUUGAGAACGGUCCCGGUUUGGGUGAAGGCAAAGAGGACCUUGCCUGAGGACGAAGUGGUAACUGUUGCAUCCUACCUUGAGGGUAAGGCAGCCAAGUGGCUAGAUGGAGUAGUUGUAAAGGCCGGGUACGGGCGACGCAUGGCGGACUGGGCUAAGUCUCUGACGUUAGACCAGUUCAUGGAAAUGGUAGAAGCUCGAUGGCAUAAUCCACAGGAGGCACAGAAGGCCACUGACGCCAUUAACAAACUAGACCAACGAAAGUUCAGGUCAGUUAGAGAGCUUACGACUACCGUUGAGAGUCUGAUCCUCGUCCCAGGCAUCAACUACAGUGACCAGUUCCUGUUAACAACGUUUGUUAGAUGUUUGCCUGAGAUCAUCAGGAAAUUGCUUGCCAGCGAGGCACGCACAGAGUAUCAUUCGUUUGAGACAUUGUCUAGAAAGCCUUUAGAUUUGCAGGUCACUCUAGCCAAUGCUCAACCCACCUCACAGAAUGACUCAAAGAAGAAGAAGAGUCAUCAGGAGUGGAAGAAGAAGGGAGCAAAGUUGAUGAUGGUUGAGUCUGAUGGGACUCAAAUUGAGAUUGACGAACUCUCUGACCCGAUGAGCUAUUCAGAGUAUGACGGCGAGGAGGUAGCUGAGGGUAGCACCCUCGCCGCGGUAGUAAAGACUGAGGCAGGUGGCCGAGGGAAGGGCCAACCUAGGAGUCAAGGAAAGGCCACCUCCAAUCAGACCAAGCAGGCUGAAUGGGUGAAGGCAGGUCUUGACCAAGACGUGUGGCGUGACCGCCGAGACCGGGUACGACACCUUAGUAGACCAGUAGCAUCUACUUUGGCCAACAAGGAGCGCAUGAUUGUAACAGACUACAUCAAGGACGUAGUCUGUACCGUCUCCUUUGGAGGAGGUGAGCUUAACCAUAAGAUCUCGUUCUUGGUUAGCGACGACUUACCAUUUGACAUGUUAUUAGGCAUGUACUACCCCGAAGUUGCUAAGCCCCAGUUCGACUGGGAUAAGAAGGUGCUCAAGCAUAAGUUGUCGGAUGGCCGAACUGUCAGAUUGACUAAGUUCAAGGCCAGUAGUAUUAUAGAUACCUAUGGCUGUUUGUGCGUAUCAGCGUUCUACAAUUACUACAAGCAAAACCAAAAGGAAGGUAUGUACCUUGUUUAUGUCUCUGAGAAGGGGGAGGCCGUUAAAACACCCCCAGAGAUAGAACGCGUCAUUGCUAAGUUCCCUGAUCUGUUCGAGGAGCCCAGAGGAGUUGUUGAAAGGGAAGUCGUCCACGCUAGAGAAAUCAUUCCAAGGAGUAAGACCCCAAAGGGAAGGAUCUAUAGGAUGGCCCCCGCCGAGUUAGAUGAACUUCGGCGACAACUUAAGGAGCUGAUAGAGAAGGGUUGGAUUCGGCCUAGUACUUCCCAUUACGGAUCACCCGUACUAUUCGUACCGAAGAAGGGGCGUACUUUGAGGAUGUGCAUUGAUUAUAGGGGCCUCAAUGCCAUCACGGUGAAAAACGCAGAGCCUCUACCUUGCAUAGACGACCUAUUGGAUAGAGUGCAGGGAUGCAAGUACUAUAGCAAGAUAGACUUGAAAUCCGGAUAUCACCAGAUCGCAAUAAGACCUGAGGACCAACACAAGACAACUUUUCAGACUCGUUAUGGUUUGUAUGAGUUCGUAGUGAUGCCUUUUGGUCUUUGUAAUGCGCCGGGUACAUUCCAGCACGCUAUGAAUCGGAUCUUCCAUAACCAUUUAGAUAGGUUUGUCGUGGUCUAUCUAGACGACAUUCUGGUCUUUAGUAAGUCUGCCGAGGAGCACGCACAACACGUUGAGACUGUACUCUCACUCCUGCGACAACACAAGUAUAAGGUCAACUUAGAGAAGUGUGAGUACGGUCGCACAAAGAUACUAUACUUGGGUCAUGAAGUAUCCGCGGAGGGAAUUAGACCGGAAGAUGCGAAGGUGGCUAGUAUUCGAGACUGGUCACGACCUCAGACAGUCACUGAGGUCAGAUCAUUCUUAGGAAUGUGCGGCUACUAUAGAAACUUCGUAAAGAACUAUUCUACAGUCGCCUCUCCUUUGACUGAUCUAACUCGACUUGACACACCGUGGGGCUGGAGUGAUGAGUGCGAGGGUGCUUUCAAGAGAUUGAAGCAUGCACUCAUGAAUCAUGAGGUUCUCAUGGUUCCUGAGGUUCUCAUGGUUCCUGAUCCGCAGAAGCCAUUCAUAGUGACCAUUGACGCAAGCCAAUACGACAUUGGCGCAGUGCUGGCUCAGCAGGAUGAGAAAAAGUUGAGACCGAUUGAGUACAUGAGCAAGAAGAUGCCAUCAAAGAAGUUGGCAAAGUCCACCUACGAGAGGGAACUCUAUGCUCUGUAUAAAGCACUUGUACAUUGGAGACACUUCCUUCUAGGAAGGUUCUUCUACUUGAGGACUGAUCAUCAGACCCUCAAAUGGAUCAAGACUCAACCGGCUCUUUCUGACGCCCUCAAGCGAUGGAUUGAGGUCAUAGACCAAUAUGACUUCAAGCUUGAGUACCUGAAGGGAGAGUAUAACAAGGUUGCUGAUGCGCUAUCACAUAGAGCAGACUACCUAGGCGCGCGAGUUUCUGACUUUGGCGUAUCUGAAGAAGUAACUCAAUCAUUGGUGGGAGCCUAUCAGGAAGACCCUGUCAUGUUGGACAUCAUUCGCAAGCUUCAGGCAAAAGACAAGGCCACGGAAACGGGCACGAUGCCGCGAAGUCAAUCUCGGGUGUUUGAGGAUGGGGGAGAGGACGAGAAUCGGAAGGCGCAGAAGAAGUGCUGCGUGUACAAGUACAUCCGCGUGGGACAGAAUCUCGGCGAGAGAUUCCGUGGCAAUCGCAUGUUGAAGUGUGUUUUUUGCGGCAACGAGUUCCAGGGCAACCAGUUCGUGGCGGCGCGCCAUUUCCGCCAAGGCAAGGGAUGUCCGGAAGUGACAGACGAGGCACUUGUCGACAUCCACUGUAACAGUGAGUACAAGAUGUCCGACAAGUUCCUAGAGCGGAUACAGCGAUUUGAGGAGCUUCACGGUGCGGCGCCUGCGAUGGAUCCGCGACGAGACGAGGGGGGGGAGGGAGAGAUGAGGGACGUGGGGGAGCAGAUCGACAUGGACGACGACGUCGAGGAGGUUGCACGGGCGGGGUCGUCAGGGAGGGAGCGAGGGAAGGGCAUUGUCAGCGCACCGGGGGGGCAGCGGGGCCAGUACUUUGCGUCGGAGCACGUGUCGGCUCGUACACGGGCAGGUGCGGAUACGGCUGAGGCGGGUGCGUYUGCGGGGAAGAGGAAGGAGAGAGAGGAGGGGGACAGACCGACGGCAGCAGCCACAACACAGAAGAGGAUGAGACAGAACAUGAUCACGGAGUCAUUCACUUCAAAGUGGCAGAUGGAGUUCAAGAAGAAGUGGUUGCGGUUUAUGUACAGUCAGCUCCUGGUGUUCAACGUCUUCCGAAGCGAGCCAUGGUUGGACGUUGUCCGACACUUCAGGGACUUUUCGGGACAAGUGAAGGUGUUGUGGCCUUCAGAGAAUGAGAUCGCGGACAUAGAGACCAUUGUCCACACGGUGGACAAUGUGGGAGCUGAUCUCGCGGAGGUCAGGGCUCCUUUCUAUGUCACGGGGGCCACCAUUAUGUCAGACGGAAGGAAGUCACGCGAUGCUAGACCCGUCGUUAACUUCCUUGCCAGCGGGUCGCAUGGGGUGAUGCUCGUCCGGACGAUGAACAGGGAGGGUGAGCGGGAUCGGGCGCCUGAUGUGUCGGCGCGCUGGAUCAAGGUGUUCGAAGACUUCUCCCCUAAGUGGGUGAACGCCAUCUGCACCGACUCCGCCUCGGCGUACGUCGCCGCGGCGAACAUGCUCCAGGGGCCCCAGCAGAGGCCGGAGCAUCGACGGAUCACGUGGCUCCCAUGCGCAGUGCAUGUCUGCAACAAGAUGUUGUCAGACAUUGGCUGUUCGGGCCCGUGGUCCAAGGACAUCAUCGUGAGGGGGAGAGAGGUGGUGCGCUUCAUUAAGGAGCACGGCGCCGCUCUCCAUAUCUUCCGGGGGGAGAGCAGUCAGAUGGGCCUCAUCUAUCCUUGCAAGACACGUAUCGCAUCCGUGUUCGCGAUGGUGGAGCGUUUGCUGGCAGUGAGGUCAGCUUUGGAGAGGACGGUGGAUGGCGAUACUUGGGGUAUGGUCCCUUGGGACCAUUCCGUUCGUCAGUUGGCUAGGUGGGUCAGGUGUCAGGUGCAACAUGGCAGUUGGUGGGAUUCCAUGGGCAUCUUGUUCCGUAUCAUGGAGCCUGUGUACGACCUGCUGCGCAGGUUGGACCGCAGAGGGCUGCACAUGUCGCGGGUGGUUAAGUGGACACAUGAUCUGGCCCGCCAGGUAGCAGAGGAGGUUUGUGCACUUUCGGCAGAUCUUGCACACUACAUUGUGAAGAGGGUGCAGGCUCGAUGCACUCACAUGCUGGAGCCGGCGCACGCCGCUGCUCACCUUCUUUGUCCCAGCCGGCGGGACUUGAGGUACUUCGAGGGCGUGGUCAGCGACUACGACGCGAGCUUGUGCGCCCCGCAGUUGCAGGUUAUCGCUCUUCGUGUGAUGUACAUGUGGACGUGCUCCUCUCCUAUGGAGAGGAAUUGGGCCGUCCACGAGGGUGUACAGACGAAGAAGCGUAACCGGCUUGAGUUCGAGAAGGUCGCGAAGUUGGUUGAGAUCUCAGCCAACGUCCGCCUUCUCUCUCAUCAGCGGCCAGGCCACGGGUUCGCGCUGCCGUGGACUCUAGAUGAGUCGUUGUUGGACGUGGAGGGAGGUAUCGGGAUUCGCCCCUCGUGGAAGGGGACGGCAAGAGCAGAACGCGGGAGGAGGUCGAGGAUCAGAGACGUUCAUGGCAGCGAGACCCAUGUGGGUACAGAGCUCCUCCGGGUGAUGUGGGCGAUGUUUUUGGGAUUCGAGCCGCCACAUUGCACCCGUACCCUCGAGACGACAGUGAUUCCGAGGGUCACGAGGACGCGGAUGAGCCGGCGGGCCCCGCUAGCGCCACUCCUGCGGCGGAUGAGCGUGAUGAGUGGAGCGACCCAGAGGACGUCCGUUGACGGAGUGGCAGAGAUGACCUUUUCGUUCGAGUUGAUUUGGAGGAGGAGUCUGGGGGUCGUCAUAGGAGCCCUUUGGAGCGUCCGAGGUCUCCGUUCAGUGCCCCGCUUCCCAUUGAGCGGAAGACAAAUCCUGGGUCUGCACCUUCGAGGGUGGCAGAGUCGCGGAUUGGCCAUCGUCCUCAGGGUCGCUCUGGCACGGCAUCAUCCUCCGCUGUUCCCACUUCGACGGAGCAGCUUCAUCGACAACCACCCAGUGCAGAUCAAUUGCAGAGAUUGGUGAGGGGCCCGAGACAGUGAUUGGAGGACAGAUUGGAGGGCGGGCCUAUGUCGGUGCAGGGUGACGACUGAGACAAGC